GUGACGUCAUAUCACAACAAUAACAACGCUAAGAUAAUUUGUUGCAUUUUGUUCGAAAGAGAAAAAAUUGAGACAAAAUCAACAAUUUUGCUAACUUGACGCGUUAAAAAACUACAAAACACUCUGUGUAAGGCUACAUCAUGUCCGAACAAGAUGCUGGCAGCCAAAAUGGUCAUUCUGACUCGAGCAACGAUUCGCUAAACGGAUCUUGGGUGAAGCUUGAUGAGUCUUUCAAGAACGGCAAUGAGCGUCCAUUCUCAAUUCAUAACGGUGAAAUGGAGAACCUUUUAGCAGAAGCAGCCGACGACAAAACGCAAGGAACACAAGCACACAGACAGAGUUUACUGUCGACAUCAACAGAUGAAAGAACGCCAACAGAGACCAGGCCGGAGUCAGACACCAGCCCUGAGACAGUCGUUAGAACGACAGAUACAAGGGUGCCACCACCAAAUAACUUAAACAAUGAACAAAACUGGAUUGAAAAUUGGGCAAGUCGUGUUGAACCUCAUCCUCCCAAAAAAUGGCGUCUUACAUAUCCAUCCCAAAAGCAUGUGGAAAAAACCCAAAAGUCAGCCAUGGUUGAAAGAAAAUCUGACUCAUUUCAAGUAAAUUUCUAUAUUGUUGUACCAACUCUCUUGGUUACUCACAUCCUUGCAUUUGGUAUCGGUUUCUACAUAGGAAGACGAUCCUCAACUAGUGCUGUUGCAGUUUAAUCUGAAGAGACCUGAAGAAACAAACUUUUAUUUAAACUGUUGAUGAUAUUUUUUUCACCAUGUGUUGUUGUAGUUUGUUGUUGUUUUCGACGUAGUUUUUUAUGUUUUCAAACAUUACAAGAAUGACCAGCAUUUUGCAAUUUA